GUCAAGCCCUCUGAAUCAUCGCCGGUGCAGUCGAUUCUCUUUCCAAAGGCUCGCGAUAUGUCGCUGCCUCCGAUUUCUCACUCUUCGUCGAAUAUUCAAUGUUGCUCUUUGCGUGCCACUUGUCCUCGUCCUCGUUAUCCUGUGGUUCGGUAUUCCGCCGAGUUACCAGGAUAUUAGGGCGUUUGAGAGGAGGUUGCCACAGCAUAAAUGGCCUGAUACGAGCGGUGGAAAACUCGGUUCGCAGUCGGGACUGUUGAACGGCACGGAGAAGGAGGCGCGGUAUUUAAGGUUUCCAGACCAUGUAUGGGGACAUGGAUUCAACAAUAUCCUGCAGGAAGCACUGCUCAUGUCUCAUCUCGCGUACCUUACGAACCGGUCGUACGUUUUCGAGGAUUAUACUUGGUCGCAUUCACCACUACCAUAUGCGCUCUACGAUUUUGCCCUUCGACCUACGCGGAUACCACUCAAUGCAUUUAUUGCCGGACCCAGCGCCGGUGGACCCAUGCCUGAUCACUCACCGCGAGCAGUCAGUACAGAAUACUGGGAUGCGGUGUGUGGAGAUGCGGAGGAUGUGGUGGUUGUUAGCAGUCGUGAUGCACGGACGGAUACGGAGGGCAGUGAGAUGAUGAGGUGGUGGGUUGAGAAACUGGAGGAGGACGAAUAUCGGAAUGCGAGGUGUUUGAGCGUUGAUUCCACGGAUAAAGAUGUCUUUGACCGAUUCUUAUUCGGCGAUAAACGAAUGCUGUCGUUGUGGCCUUCCCUUUCUACAUCCCCCAUCCUGACUGGCUUCGCUUGGUCAGACCUCGUCAUCUCAGCCAUCUAUCGCAAUUUCCCACUCCUCCGAUCAUACCCUUCCUCUCCCAACACCAACUCAAAAGCUCUCACAUCAUCCCCUUCAUCCUCCUCCUCAUCAUCAUCAUCAAUAUCGGAUCCAUCGCACCGCACACCCAACCUCCCCGGAGUCCUCGCUAUCCAUCUCCGCCGCGGCGACUACAUCCGCCACUGCCCCAACCUCGACUCCUGGAACGCCAUCUACAUGGGCUGGGCCCAAUUCCCCACUCUCCCCUCCUCCGACCGCUUUGACCCCUUCGUCUUUCCCUCCGGAUCGCCCGAACGCCGGGCAUACUACAUGGAACACUGUCUCCCCACGAUCGAACAGACCGUGCAGCGCCUACACGUCAUUCGCGAGGAACAUGCUGCGACAGUGGGCAGAGAAAUGAGGAGGGUUUAUGUGAUGACGAAUGAGUGGGCUGGGUCGGUUUGGUUAGAGGGGUUGAGGGAUAAGUUGAGGGAGGAUGGGUGGGAGGAUGUUAUGGGGAGUGCGGGGUUGGUGUUGGAUAGGGAGCAGAGGUAUGUUUCGGGGGCGGUGGAUAUGGGGAUUGCGGAGAGGGCGGAGGUGUUUGUGGGGAAUGGGUUCUCGAGCAUGAGUGCGAAUAUCGUGAUGUUGCGGAUGGCAAAUGGGCUGGACCCGCUGACGAACCGAUUCUUGUAA